AUGUCGCCUGGCUUCGGUUACCUCGAGAGACGUCUUCAUGAUUUUCAGGUUUUUGAACUCCUCGGCCGUGGGGGCUUUGCGCAAGUGUAUAGAGCCAAGUCGGUCAUCACUGGUCAGGAGGUUGCAAUCAAAAUGAUUGAUAAAAAAUAUAUGCAUCAACAUGGCCUCACUCAUCGUGUUCAACGAGAGGUCGAAAUCCACAGUCGUUUGAAGCAUCCUGCGGUUCUCGAGUUAUACACAUGCUUUGAAGAUGCAAACUACGUUUACUUGGUCCUCGAAUUUUGUGACAAUGGGGAGCUACAGGCUUACAUUCGGCAGAACGGAUCUGUUUCGGAGGACAUGGCUCGUCACUAUAUGAAGCAAAUCAUCAGUGGCUUGCUCUACCUUCAUUCACACAACAUCCUCCACAGAGAUCUCACUUUGGCUAACCUUCUGCUGACAAAGGACAUGAAAGUGAAAAUCGCUGACUUCGGCCUCGCGACCAAAAUUGAGCCUGGUGAAGAUCACACCACCAUGUGUGGCACACCUAAUUACAUCUCACCUGAGGUGGCAAGUCGAGGUCACCAGGUUCUGGAGACGGACGUUUGGUCUCUUGGUUGCAUGCUCUACACCCUAGUGGUGGGUCAUCCUCCAUUUGAUACGCGCGAGGUCAGAAGUACCCUGAGUCGAGUAAUCGCCGGGGAUUAUGAAAUGCCUGAACAUCUCUCUCCCGAUUGCUCUGAUCUCAUUGCCAAACUCCUGCGGAAGCAACCGCAGGAUCGUAUCAAACUCUCCGAUAUGAUCAGACAUCCCUUCAUCACUAGGAGCACAACACCUCGACGUAAAAUGGAGCACUCCAGAGACAGUGGGAUCGAUUCAAUGUCGCGUACACCCACCAUUGGAAUGCAGUCAAACUCACUCACUGCAACGACAACCACUACAGCUUCCACUGCAAACAGUCGUCACUCCCUGCCUUACCGACCGGGUGCGAGCAUUCUGCCUCCACGUCCAGCCUCCCGCCUGUCAGUGGAUAUGCAUCGUUCGACGCAGAACCAGCAAUCUGGUCACCAGACGCCUCUGACCCCCUUCGAUUCUAGAGGUCACCAACCGCCAACUUCUGCCACGCGAUUGCGCGGUGGCUCUCUACAACACCUUCUUCCUCCUUCAAAGAGUAUGUCAGGCCUAUCUCUUGCGACCUCAUCGCCUUCUCCUUGUCGUUCCGCCUCAGUGGGAAAUCUUCAGCGCAUUUCACAUCAGCCGAGACUCUCACCUCUCUGUACCUGUCGCCUGCGCCCAAUGCGCACAGUCACACGGAUGGCAGUGAUCAACAUUCUCCCUGAUGAGUCGGUCUGUUUGGAGUUUUUUGACCCGCAGGUGGAUCAACAGAAGCUCGUCGUCGAAGUGAUGGGCAUUUCGGCUGAUGGACAGGAGGUGAUUAUCUAUCACCCUAAUGGAGGACGUGGGGUGCCUCCAAAUACGAACAGCCCGGUAGCAGCCCGCUCUGGCGACACGUAUGGAGUAUAUAGACUUGCUCAGCUCCCUGAGAAGUACUGGAAGAAGUACCAGUUUGUGUCCAAAUUCAUAAAUAUGGCCAAGGCUCAUACACCCAAAGUGACGCUGUACACAUCGCGAGCAAAGUGUAUUCUAAUGGAGAAGGUGGAGCCUCAGGCGGACUUUGAGAUGGAGGUGCUUACAGACGGUAGUCGGGUUAUCUGUCUCGGUGGUGAGGCAACCGGAACGGUGCAGGUCAUUACACAGACCAACGGCACCGUUACUGUUGAUCGCAAACAGCCUUUGGACAACCUGCCAACUACCACUCGGGAACUCAUUUCCUACGCAGAAAGGUGCCGACGUCGCUGUCUGGAGGUUGAAAGUUCACUGGAGAAGUUCAAUGUCGCCCUAUCUCCGCUGGAUGCAGAAGUUUCCUCGCCUUUCCCCGUAAUAAUUGGUCGUCGAUCUUGCGCCGCUUCUAAAACCUCAUCCAAAGGCCCCGUCUCAUCCACAUGCCUCUCUCAGCUCGUGGCUAGCUGCAGUACCUCGGUCAGCGAUAGUCAGCCGCGCUCUUUCUCGCGCCACUACGAUCCUGUAUUUGUUCCCUCCGUUGGGUGGGUCUCACAGCCCUCUCCGGAGGAGUUGCAAGUUCAAUUCAACGACGGCGCCCGGCUUGUAGUUGUUUACUCCACAGCGACAGUCCACAGCAUCCGCUACCAUCCACCGGCAAUAGCUGGAGAGGAGGAAGAGGAGCAGGUCUACUCGACUGCGUCAUCGUCCACACCUCUGCCAGCCGAAGUGCGGAGCCGUUUGGAGGUCAUUCCAAAAGUUGUUAAAUGUCUUCGUUCGAGGUCUAAAACUCCAUCCUGA